CAGCGGGGGCUGGGAGCCAGGACUCCUGGGUUCUCUUUCUGGCUCUGGGAGGGGAGUGAGUCUCCACUUUCACGUGCCUACUUUUUCAGGAAUGCAAAGCUCUAAUGGAGCUGGCGGGGGGGAGAAGGGCGCCCCCCAGGGGUCCCGGGGGUAUUACCGCACUGCCCCCUUCGACCCCCGCUUCCCCAACACCAACCAGACCCGCAACUGCUACCAGAACUACCUGGACUAUUACCGCUGCCUGAAGACACUGGGGGCGAAGGGAAAGGACAUCAAGCCAUGCCAGUGGUACUACCGGGUCUACAAGUCCCUGUGCCCCAUCUCCUGGGUGAAGCACUGGGAUGAGCAGCGGGACAACGGCACCUUCGCUGGCAGGAUCUAGGCCCAGCUGCUGCUGGGGGGGGAGGCAGACCCACAGGCCCUGCCCCAUGGUGUGGUCCUGCCCACUGCAGCACACCCCGUAGCGACUCUCCCCGCUGGCACCUCAGAGCCCCACAAUAAACCUGCUUGUUCCAUAACUUGGCCCUGGAGUCCAAGUGUUCUAGUCCCCAUAGCGCUCCCUCCGAGGA